CUUUUUAUUUAUUUAUUUAUUUUCAUUAAUUGCGUAAAACCACUCUCGGUAUUGUUUUGCUUUUCGAAUGACGAGUUUGCCCUGGGCUGUCUUAUCGAAAUUCCCGGGAUUACAGCGCUGAUAUACGUGUCCUUUUGCUUAGAAGGCGAGGACCUUUUUGAUAAUUAAGUUACGAAAGAUUAACUCCGUACUUCGUUCUUUAAUCUCUCUCCACUCUCUCAGUGUUCCCCAAAUCUAUCUUUUUCUUCUUCUUCGUCUUUUUUCUUCCUUUACGAUUCCUCGAAAACCUCAUAUUUCAGGCGGAUUUUGGAACGAUGGCGUUUUCUGGGGUUGGAAUUUUUCUGCGAUAAAGUUUGUUUCUUUUGCGGUUUAGGAGAAUAGAGAAAUUCUUUUUGAUGGUUGUUAGUUGAGGUCGGAUCGCCAUUCGCCACCUACGAUGGCGGCGGGGACAAUGGCUACCGCCGCCGGAGCUGCGGUGAUUCUGUACUACGUGUUGACUCGGAGAUUGUUGGCGAAAGGCGAUGACGACGAUCGGAGUGGAGGAAACUACUCGAAAUCGAGUAGUAGUAGAUCUUGGAGGAGGAGGAUUUCACGGCGACCUGCUCAGGCUCCGGCCACGUGGCUUGAGACUCUGACCACUUUGUCCGAGACUCUCAGGUUCACCUACGCCGAGACUUUGGGUAAAUGGCCGAUAGGCGACUUGGCAUUCGGCAUUAAUUAUCUUAUCCGGAGGCAGGGUAAUCUGCAAGUUGCCAGUGUAUAUGCUGGUACUGAUAGCGUAGAGCUCAAAGGCCCUGAAAUAAUUGCUGAACUGAAUUAUUUCUUGAGGCUGUUGAGUCUUUGUAUUCUUUUCUCAAAGAAGCCGUUCCUGGUGUUUUUAGAAUCCGCCGGCUACUCUCAAGAAGAUGUGCUCUUUCAGAAGCCCAAAGCUGGGCUUUUGAAGCCUGCUUUCACAAUUAUACGUGAUAAAGAUUCAAAAUGCUUCCUUUUAUUGAUUCGUGGAACCCAUAGCAUCAAAGAUACACUAACAGCAGCAACUGGUGCAGUGGUACCUUUCCACCAUUCUGUUUUGCAUGAUGGUGGGAUAAGCAAUUUGGUUCUCGGUUAUGCGCAUUGUGGGAUGGUUGCUGCUGCCCGUUGGAUUGCUAAGCUCAGCACUCCAUUCUUGCUUAAGGCUCUUGGUGACUGUCCUGACUACAAAGUUAAGGUCGUUGGGCAUUCGCUUGGUGGUGGUACAGCUGCACUACUUACAUAUAUUCUUCGAGAGCAAAAAGAAUUGUGGUCAAGCACUUGCAUUACAUUCGCCCCAGCUGCCUGUAUGACAUGGGAGUUGGCAGAAUCUGGCAAGCACUUCAUUACUACUAUUAUCAAUGGUGCUGAUCUGGUGCCUACAUUCUCGACAGCUUCUGUUGAUGACCUACGCUCUGAGGUCACAGCGUCAUCUUGGUUAAAUGAUUUGCGGGAUCAGGUUGAGCAUACUAGGAUACUAAAUGUGUUUUAUCGCUCUGCUACUGCUGUUGGAUCUCGCCUACCAUCCAUAGCUAGUGCAAAAGCCAGGGUUGCUGGUGCGGGUGCAAUCCUGCGGCCUGUUUCUAGCAGCACACAGGUUGUGAUGAAGCGUGCACAGAAUGUUGCUCAAGCAGUUGUUAGAACCCGCUCAUCUCUAUCAUCUUGGUCGUGCAUGGGUGCACGUCGUCGUAAUGUGGGUCCAUUAUUGAACUCUAAAGAAGAUGCUUUGCAUGAAGAUUGUCUGGUAUCUGAAAAACCUUCUGAAUCUCUCAAGGUUGAAGGAAUAACAGAAGAUGUUGUUCUGAGCAAAGUUGAAUGUAGUUCUUCUAGUGGUGGAUCAGGGCAUGAUGAUACAGAUGAAGAAGAGCAUCUUAUUCCAGUAGAAGUUGUCACUACUGCAACCACUGCAGAAGACAUUACAGAAGGCGAGUUGUGGUAUGAACUGGAGAAAGAGCUGAAGAGACAAGAGACUGAGGUAGACAUCAAGGCCCAGGAAGAAGAAGCAGCGGCUGCAAAAGAAAUAACUGAAGAGGAAAAUCUCCUUACUGAUGCGGCUGAAAGCGACAAACCAAUCUCUUCAAUGGAUGCAACAGAGAACCACCACUUCUAUCCCCCUGGUAGAAUCAUGCACAUUAUUUCUGUCCCUUCCUCUGAUACUGUCAAUUUAGAUACUGAUGGACCUAAUGAAGAACAUGUUGGUAUAUACGAGACACCUAGAGAAUUGUACAGUAAGCUCCGACUUUCAAAAACAAUGAUCAAUGAUCAUUAUAUGCCUAUGUAUAAGAAGAUGAUCGAAUUGUUAAUCAUGGAACUCGAAAAUCGUGAUCAAUGUUGAAAAGAACAAAAUUUAGUGAAAAAGAUAUAUAUAUUACUUGUCCUGUUCAGUUC